AUGCAAUCUUUGACAAUAUUUACAUUUACAAUACUAUUGGAACAUCAUUUUCAGCCGACGAUAUGGGCAAUGAAUACGUCAAUAGAACAUUACGAAACAGCGAAAUCAUGGACUGGUUUCCAAGUGAAAUCUGGCUCAUACAAUGUUGUCAUACGCAAUCAUGUUUGCUACAAUGUUGUUGAACCUUGUAUGAUUGUUUAUGAUGAUUAUGAUCGUGGACGGAAUUUAAUUGAUGGGAAUUUAGCGAUCAAUGCUGGAACAGAUGAUCUUGAAAUACAAUGUACAUCGGGAACGACAAUCACUAACAUUGUUGUGAUUAAUGCCAGUAUGUAA